GCUGGAUCUAAAGUGAGCGUGACUUAGGUCUUUGCUCAGGGUGUGCUGGCAGUUGUCAUCUUGUUGGCAAGUGAGGCUGGAGACGGAGGGGCUAGAGCCGCAGCCGCGUGUGAGCCGGGCCUUCUGUGCGCAGUGGCUGUCACCGCUCUAUCGGUGGGGCAGGGGCAGGUCCCAAGAUGCUGGAAGCAGGAGCCCUGAGGGUUGGGUCUGAGUUGGUCCUGUCCCCUCCAGGUGUGUGCGCUCUCUCCUCCCAGCAGUGGUACCUCUGCCCAGAGGGGAGCGGCGCUGGGGCAGGAGGGCUGUAGCGGGCCAGGCGCACACGGGACCCCUGGCAAGCCAGGCAGAGGUUCAGGCAGUGCCGGGGCGAGUGAGCUACGUUCCCCACGUGUGCACUUUCCUUGGCAACGCAGGCUGGUCCCUGGGGAGUGGGGGAGCUGGGCCAGGGCUCGCGGGGCCGGGGCGCAUGCUGGGACGGUCACGGGAAACUGACCAGAGCUUCUGGAAGUUUUAAUUGGCUUCCUCACCUUGUUCCCGGGAGGAAGCAAGCUGGGCACCCUCUUCACAGAUGGAGUCUUGGAUUCUUGCAGCCAUCCUGGGAGUCCUUCCUGUUUUCAGACCAGCUAAGGGGGCUUGACUUCCUGGUAUCAGAGCACAAGGCUGGGGUCCCCAGUUUGUGGUUCAAACCUCUGAGCCCACGGCGGCCCCUCCUCUUCUGAGUCCCCUCCAGGGGGCAUGUUUUUCAACCUGAUUGCUUCCCCUCCCUUCCUACCUGCCCCUAGUGGAGCUUUUCCUACAGCGCUGCUUGUAGAAGUGCCUUUCUGCUUGUCUCUACUUUGUUGUCAGUGAGAGUUGCUCCAGUGUAGGUGCAUUUUGAGGUAUUCCUGGCGGGGGUGGGGUGGGGUGCGGUGAGCUCAGGAUCCUCCUACCAGCAGGUCUCCUCUUUGAGGGAUUUCCUAAGUGUGCAGGGAUUUGGAGCUAGAAUGGAAUGACUUCCGGGCAGUGGAUGUGGGAAUUGUGGUCCUCCCUGAGUGCUCCUGUCUCCUUCCUUUUCUCCUAGGUGUUCUUUCUAAGGACCCUUUCUGCCUUCCUGAGGAAAAGAGAGGCAGACAGAUGGUGGCUGACUGUGUGAGAAAUCGUCCUCAGGACUCAGUGACCUUUGCUGAUGUGGCCGUGGGCUUCACCCAAGAGGAGUGGAUUCUACUGGACUCCUUUCAGAGAAACCUGUACAGAGAUGUGAUGCUAGAGAACUACAAGAACCUGACCACUGCGGGGUAUCAGUGGUUCAAACCCACUCUGAUCUCCUGGUUGGAACAAGAAGAGUUGAGGACAGAGGAGAGGGGAGCCGUCCAGGGUGAGUGAGUGUGAAGAACAUCCCUGGUCAAAAAAAUUUCCGUUUUGAAAUUACAAGGAGAAAACUUGUUAAGAUGUGCUUUCUCUCAGAGGCCUGAGGUCAUUGGUCUCUGAUGCUCUGUGAUUUCUUCAAGUUCUCAUAUGUACUCACUUUCCAUUUACUCAGAAUUUCUUAUGAUCUCACAAAAUAACCUUUUGUUUCCUUUUUUAGUUGUAUCAUUUUGAUGUAUCCUCUUUGACCAGAAGUUUCCCUGAUGAUAUUCUGUCUCUUUUCCCCAUAUUUAAUUUUCAUAGAAUCAUUUUUUAAAUCAAGUGCUGAAUUUUGAAUACAUAAUAUAUAUUACUGCUUAAUUUUUGAUAUAGCCAAAUGCCUCAAAUCUGUCCUGGCUUUUGAAAAGAUAUGUUUAAUUUGGAAACACACAGAAUAGGUCUUACUGUUUUAACUCCUUUAAGGUCCACUUCUUUCUGCAAAGUCUUAAAUUUGUUACUCUCUUUUCCUUUAGGAUGGGAAAUGCAACUUAAAACCAAAGGCUAGGCACUUCAGCAGGACACGCUGGGGGAAAACCGUUGACUGGGACACCAGUCGUAAAAUCAGAAAGAAGCCUCAGUGGCCUGGAACUCUGUGACUGUAAGCAACGUGGGAGAGACUUCAGGGAACACUUGUGCCUUAAGACACACAGGAGAACUCAAAAGUGGAAGGAACAUUUGCAGAGAUAAUCAGGAUGGAAUAAACUUCCUUACUCUACACAAUACAUCUUGUGCUGGAGAAAAACGUUCCGUGUUUACUCUGGAAAAGCUGUCAGGCUGGCCCCACAUGUGCACAGGACAUCGAGCAAACAGGGGAAAGCCUUAGAGUGCAGCGAUGGUGGGGGAGCCUUUGUUAAUGAACCUCACGUUCAGGCACAGGACGCCACUCACAGUAAAGAAGAGCCCUACAGACGGAAGAAACAUGGGAGAGCUGUUCACUCAGCCAGCCUUGGUGCUCAUGUACCAACUCACACUGCUAACACACGUGCCAGACGUAAGGGAAGUGGAAAGGUCUCCGCUGCGUCCUUAAGCCUUAGGAGACAAUUAGAGUAACACACAGUGCCGGGAAGCCUUGUGCAUGUGACACAUGUGGGAAAGCCUUUAAGUGGUCUUCAUACCUUAAUGUUCACAGUCGAAUUCAUACUGGAAUCAAACCUUACAAAUGCAAGGAGUGUGGAAGAUCCUUCAGAUGGUGCUCAGACAUUCAUGUUCACAGUCGAAUUCAUACUGGGAUAAAACCCUACGAGUGUCAGGAGUGUGCUAGGGCCUUUAGAAGGUCCUCACACCUUCGUGUUCACAUUCGAAUUCAUACUGGAGUAAAACCCUAUGAAUGUAAGAAAUGUGGGAGAAUCUUCGUUCAGUCUUCAAACCUCAUUAAUCAUUUGAAAACUCACACUAGAGUGAAGCCUUUUGUGUGUAAUAAAUGUGGGAAGACAUAUACUCAUUUCUCAGGCCUUACUCGACAUUUAAAAACUCACCCUGAA